UGUCGACACAGGACAGCUUACUGAAGGCGACGUGAAAAAUCUAAAACACGGAAUACGGUUUACCGUUAAUACUUAUCAUAAAAAAAUACAGUACAUAUUUUCGAAGGUUCUUUUGUUCUUCCGGCCACCAGCUCGCGGUUGUGAGUCGCAUACUGUCGCUUACCAGGUUAUCUGGAUAUCCAGCACGUGGCUAAUCCGCAGACAUGUGGUGGGAGAUCCUUCCCUCGCUUGGCAUUAUUACCGUAGCCAUGAUCACUCCCGUGUAUGCUACCUAUUACACACAUAAACUCAUUCUGGGCAAGUACUGCAAAAGGCGUCGGAUGUUUGUCAUGCAGGACAAGGAUUUGUUUGAUCGCGAUGAGGAUUUGACAGGAUUCGCCUACAGCACGCGGGGUUUGGACGUGAUUCCGGACGAACCUGGCCAGCAGAUUCCUGGAAUGACGGGUGCCAAUCCUCGACAUCGUUUGGCUAUGAGUUUCCCUAAAAAUUACAAUUGAUAACUUACAUCUAGCAGUACUGCUUGCGAAUGUACAAAAGAAAUGUGAGUCAUAAACACAAAUUGAAUGUUUUAUGGAGUGACUAAGUUUGAAGAUAACUGUAACAACUACGAAGUAAUACGAUUAUAUAGAACGCAUAUCAUCGUAUGUGUGUGCAUUGUUCAUCUAUCACUAAUUUGAGUAUCGCGGAUGCCUAGCAUAAGUAAAAUUGUUGCAACGUGCAAGUUUCCCUUGAUAAAACUUAAUGGUGAUAAA